GCCUCUACAAGGAUGAAGUCAGCAGCCACUGCAGUCGCUGACCUUCAACACGCCCUGAAAAGGGCUCAGGGCUGAGAGCAGCAGUGAGGCGCUCUGUGCUCUGGGAACACUAGCAGAACAGGUCUUCAGAGGACAGUGUGUGUAAUUAACCCGGCUCCAAGCUAGUACUUUGGCGCCAGGGUAUCUUCCUUUGGGCUCCGCGCGGAGCGCCGAGAAGACCCUACCUCUUAAGGACCAGACUGUGAGAUCAGGCCAGUGACUCCAAGCCCUCCAACAAACAGCGUGUUCAAUGCGUAUUUGUGCGGCGGCAGAGAACGCCAGUGGCCGAAGUCAAGGCACGACCUCUCAACAUACAGUCCCACUGCAUCACGGAGCCCCGCAGCCUCGCGCAUCUGCCGCCGCCAUGACAGCACCCAGCUCCCAGCAUACCCCGCGGCCGGCGGCGCGGCGCGCCCGCAGCACGACAGGGGCGGGGCCACGGCCGUAAAGCAGCGCCUUAGAUCACGUGGGCCUCGCAUCCCGGCGUCCUUGCGGCUUUUCGGGCGCGCGCGAGUCAUGGCCGGCCCGGUGCGGGUUGGGGGGCGCCAGGCGCUGGAUCUGCUGCGAGCCCUGCCCCGUGUGAGCCUGGCCAACCUGAGGCCGAACCCGGGUUCUAGGAAGCCGGAAAGACGACCAAGAGGUCGGAGAAGAGGUAGAAAAUGUGGCAGGGGCCACAAGGGAGAGCGGCAGAGAGGAACCAGGCCCCGGCUGGGCUUUGAGGGAGGCCAGACUCCGUUUUACCUUCGAAUCCCAAAAUAUGGGUUUAAUGAAGGACAUAGCUUCAGACGCCAGUAUCAGCCUUUGAGUCUCAACAGGCUGCAGUAUCUUAUUGAUUUGGGUCGAGUUGAUCCUACACAACCUAUUGAUUUAACCCAGCUUGUCAAUGGGAGAGGCGUGACCAUCCAGCCAUCUAAAAGGGAUUAUGGUGUCCAGCUGGUAGAGGAAGGUGCUGACACCUUUAAGGCUAAAGUGAACAUUGAAGUACAGCUGGCUUCGGAGCUGGCCAUCGCUGCGAUUGAGAAGCAUGGGGGUGUUGUCACGACGGCCUUCUACGAUCCGCGGAGCCUGGAAAUUCUCUGCAAACCUAUUCCGUUCUUUCUCCGGGGACAACCCAUCCCCAAGCGAAUGCUCCCCCCCGAGGCACUGGUACCCUACUACACUGAUGCCAGGAAUCGAGGUUACUUAGCGGAUCCUGCCCAGUUCCCUGAAGCAAGACUGGAGCUCGCCAGGAAGUACGGAUAUAUUUUACCUGAUAUCACUAAAGACGAACUCUUCAAAAUGCUCAGUACUCGAAAGGAUCCAAGACAAAUUUUCUUUGGUCUUGCUCCUGGGUGGGUGGUGAAUAUUGCAGAUAAGAAAAUUUUCAAACCUAUGGACGAGAAUCUCCUCAAAUACUACAGCUCCUGAGUUCCUUCCAAGAGAGCCGAUGGUAAAAGAGCACUGGAAAGGGAGUGAAACACCUAUCUCCUGUUGCAUUUGCUUAAUUUGUAAUUCUGCAGAUGUUGAUGUUUUCUGUGUUAUCAUAUCUUUUAUCUAAAUUAAAAUGAAAAUACAGU